AGACCAAAACAACAUGAAUUCCACUCCCUUCUUUGUCGUUAAAGCUCUCUUCCUCCUUUUCCAUCGAAUUUUCUCUAAAAAAUUCCGGCGAACCGCCACCGCCGGGGUUCACCAGAAAUACCAAAAAGACCCAUCUCCGGCGAAACUCAGCGGCGGCGACGGAAAAGUUCUAAUCUUUACCGUGGAAGAGGCUUUAUUAAAACCCUCAUCUCCAUAUUUCUUCUCUUACUUCAUGUUGGUGGCUUUUGAAGCCAGUGGGGUAAUCCGUGCGACAGCUUUGUUGAUGUCGUACCCUUUGAUCCGACUUGUCGGCCAAGAAAUGGGGUUGAAAAUUAUGGUGAUGAUUUCAUUUAUUGGGGUUAAAAAAGAUAACUUUAGAAUUGGGUCAUCAGUUUUGGGUAAGUUCUUGAUGAACGACGUCGGAUUGGAGGGUUUUGAGGCAGUAAAAAAAGGGAGGAAGAGAAUUGGGUUCAGUAAUUUUUUCCCACAAGUCAUGAUUGAGAGCUUUUUGAGAGAUUAUUUGGAGGUUGAGGAAGUGGUUGGAAGAGAAUUGAAGGCUUUUUGUGGGUAUUUUGUGGGUUUGAUGGAACCAAAAGUGAAGGCUUCUUCAUUAUCUCAUUUGAUUCAAGAACAACAACAAGAACAUGAAGAACAAAAUGGCAAUUUGAUUGGGAUUUGUGGCUCUCAAAUGGGUUAUGAUUUUCAGCUCCUCUCUUCCAUUUGCAAUGAAAUCUACACUGUGAGUGAAGCUGAUAAAAAAAAGUGGAAGACGCUUCCUAUAGACAAACUUCCGAAGCCGUUAAUCUUUCACGAUGGAAGGCUAGCCCUAAACCCAACUCCUUUGGACACUCUUGCCGUUUUGACGUGGCUCCCUUUUGCCCUGGUUCUUGUUUUUAUUAGAAUCUUUGCUUAUAUUUGUUUGCCUUAUAAUUUAUGUGUCCCUAUUAGUGCUUUUAGUGGGAUGCAUCUCACUGUUUUGAUUCCGGUUGAAAAAAUCAAAACCAACGACAAUCGAGGGUGUUUAUAUGUUUGCAACCAUAGAACGCUUCUCGACCCUCUCUACAUUUCAGCUGCAUUGAGAAUCAAGAACCCUUUAGCAGUCACCUAUAGUCUAAGUCCAGUAUCGGAAUUCUUCUCACCGAUUAGAACUGUUCGAUUGACUCGAAAUCGUGAUCGAGAUGCAACCCUAAUGAAAAGAUUGUUAUCAAAUGACAAUUUGAUUAUAUGUCCUGAAGGAACCACUUGUAGAGAGCCGUAUCUUCUAAGGUUUAGUCCAUUGUUCUCGGAGAUUAGUGAAAGAAUAGUCCCGGUAGCAAACGACACACAUGUGACUAUGUUUUAUGGGACGAGUGCAAGUGGGUUUAAGUGCUUUGACCCAUUCUUCUUCUUGAUGAACCCUUCGCCAUCUUACACUAUUAAGAAGUUGGGCAUGGUUGAUGGCUUGUUUGCAUCACAUGAUGAUACCAAUUCCGCAAAGUUUGAUGUGGCCAAUUGGGUGCAAAGUGAGAUUGGUAAGGCUUUGAAAUUUGAGUGCACAAAGCUUACUAGGAGAGAUAAGUAUUUGAUUUUGGCUGGCAAUGAAGGGAUUGUACAUUGACACAUACUUCAUAUCAUUAAUUAUUUGAUGUAUUUAUAU